AUGAAAUGCAAACGAAUGGUUGAGAGUUUAACCGAGAAUGUUCGUACACGUUGGAGUUUCACCGAAACAGAGGGUAAAGUAACACUGGAAUUGGGUGAGAUAUGCGAAAAUGGUUUUAAUUAA